AUGCUUGGACAGUCAACCAAAUCUUCUACCCAUAUACCCGCGCAGCAGGCAGCUAAAGAAAAGGCCUUUGAAAUCAAAAGGCUGCAGGAGGAAGCGCUCCGUUCUCUCGCUCUCGGUUCACUUUAUAUCGUUCUUUAUCUCCGAUCUGACCCACCGCGUCCAAACGAUUUCCACUGGGGCUAUUAUUUUCACACAAUUCCGUCAGGAGGAACUAAGUACCACGUCAAGAACCUGGGCAGUGGUUGGAUAACGGAACACGGCUCAACCACCGGACUAUUCAAGUCGAACUUCCUCUGCGUCGUGGUUCAAAUCGCUGCCGUCGCGGAAGCGAAAUACGCCCAAGUUGAUCAAAUUAUGAGAACCCACGACGGAAAACUUAAUUCCAUUCCCGGUAUUUCCUGCCGGGUGUGGAUUCUGAGUAUUUUGCAAAUGCUGAUUGAAAAUGGAAUUGUCCAGUGCAGCAGCUGCGCUGAAUUGGAACAGGAAUGCUUCGAAAUUGGGAAUCAGCAUAGAUUUGGCGCAAUAGCAAAUAACCAACCUCGCCCGGUCGUCCGCUCAACACUGUGCACCAUCUGA